CAAAGUGAUAAGGAAGUAGUUAUUAUAAAAGAAGACUAACUAGUAAAACAAGUGUUAGUGCACUACUGUUGAUAUAAACUGUCAUCAUUACAGAACUGCACAGAUGCCUCAUUAUUUCAACAGUCUCAGAAGUGAAACACUGUCUUGCAAGUCUUGUUUGGAAAAACUGCAAAAGAAGUUCAACGACACUGAGAGCAAAGAAAUGAAAAACUGCAUCUUCAGUAAUGAAUCAUAGCUAAUGUGUGUAAUAUAAAAAGUUCUCUAAAGCAAAAGAUAUUUGCAUUUUUGCAUCCAUGGAUCCAGGUUACUUAAACUAUAUCCAGUGAUGUUGAUCUGCCAACUUGUCCCACGGAACGCUUUUUAGUUUUCCUGCAAGCAACACUGUGAAAAGCCAGUGGAAAUGUCACAUGCAUCUAAGACCCCAGAAAGCCUUGCUGCGUCGCAGGUCGACCACCUCUCCAGUCUGAAGGCUUUGACUGAGAAGCUGAAGCUGGAGACCAGAAAGCCGUCUUACCUGGACUGGAGAGCGCAGCUGGAGGCGAUGCUCGCCCAGAGCCACAGAGACUCAGAGCCGCCAGCGGCCCCCGGUGACACAGAGAAACUGAGAACAUCAGGCCCUCCAAAGUGGGCGAAGCCGUCGCUGGCCGUUAGUGUGGUCCAUGAAGGGAGGCAGUCGUUAGGAAACACUCUGGGAUUUGGAAGUAUAGACCAAGCGCUGGAGUGGCUCAGGAAAGAGCUGGCAGAGAUGCGUUUGCAGGACCAGCAGCUCGCGCGUCAACUAAUGCGCCUGCGCAGUGACAUCAACGGCCUGAGAAUCGUGCAGACGUGUAACCAACACCGCGAGAUGCUGAACGACGCCACGUUUGAGCUGGAGGAGCGGGACGAUAUGUCUGACCUGUGUGACGUCCCCAUGUCUCCUGGAUUAGGCCUCUCAGAGCCGCUCAAGGUCAUCGGGGUCACCAAGAUGAACAUCAACUCUCGCCGGUUCUCUCUGUGCUAACACAGCACUCAGUUUUAUCUUACAUGAAUGAUUGUUAGUGCUUCUAUAGAUUAUCAAAUAUUAUCAAAGUGUCUCUGAUGUUGUGCUUUCAUUGCCUUAAAGUCAACAUAAAAGCUAUGAGUCCAUCUUAGCAAUCAUCUGUACAGUGUAAAUUGUUUGAUAUGACAUACUUCUAUCAUUUUUGGGGGGGUGGGGGGUUACAAUUUUAAAUGUUCAACACAGCUUUGUCAUUUAUUUCUUUAAUUUUAGUUUUAUUAUCUGAAUAUUUACCUAAUAGGCCUAUUAUCAUGGGUCUUUUAUCUAAAUUAGAGCUGAAUAUUUGUUUCAUGCAACUGAACUUGAGUCAAUAAAACAACAACAAACUAAUUUAUGAUUUUUUUUUUUUUUGGAAAAAAUGUACUGAGCAAAUAUUUAAAUUUUACUUUAUUAUUUAAUUUUAAUUUAUUUUAAUUGAAUUUGAUUUACUUUUCAAUGCACACACACACACACACACACACACUCACUCACUCACUCACACACACAUAUACAUAUAUAUACAUGUCUCUAAAAUGGUUUUCAAAACUUUCCUGGAGCAGCCCAGCACUGUCUCCCAUGUAACACACCCGAUUCAACUCGUCAGCUCAUUAGUAGAGACUUUAAGACCUGAAGUGUGUCAGAAAAGGUGAAGAGAGUUCAGAGAAAAUACGAUGUGUGUCAGAUCCGCAUCACGUUCAGCAGCGACAGCUCUUAAAGAAAUAACAGCCAAAAUAACUUAAUAACCAGCUGCUGGGAUGUCUGUUCAUCAAAGGACAAAGAAAAAAAAAAACAGCAAAAAAGAACUUUUAUAGCUUUAAGGAUUCAUCUAUAUUUAAUUUAGUAUUUAUAGUGUUUGAUAAUUUCAAUUUCUGUAUAUUUCUGCUGAAAGGCACAGGUAAAUAUGACAUUUAUAAUAAUGGCUUUAUGUGAAGAUUGUUUUAAGUUUAAGAGUUGUUAUUUUUUAAAAGUCUAAUAAAUGUUAAAAUUGAUAUCUCAAUUAUACUGUAAUGUUGAAUGGCUAUAGUCAAUAGGUAAAUAUUG